GCCGACUUCCUUGCAGGUUCCAAUGGGCGGAAAAGAACACUCCUCGAGGGAGACAUGGAAGCCUGGAAUCGCAAAGGAGAGGGUAGGGUUCCUUGCUUUUUUCGCCCACCAGGUAGCUAUCUCUAAUUCUGCCAAGGAUGCCUAGAAGAAAGCUUGUGGAGAUCGAUGUCACGUCGGAUACGGUGUGCCCCUGGUGCUACAUCGGGAAGAAGAAUUUGGAGCGGGCAAUCGAGGCCUCGGCAGACGAAUACGACUUCGAGGUUCGAUGGCGUCCCUACUUGCUGAAUCCCAGCGCCCCCGUCGAGGGUGUUGAUAAGCUUGCUUAUUACAAGUCCAAGUUUGGAGAAGGUCGAUUUUCUUCUAUCGUGGGCCGAUUGAGCAAGGUGUUUGAGGAUGUUGGACUCGAAAUCAACUUUGGCGGCCUCACGGGAAACACUCUGGACAGCCACAGGCUUAUCGAACUGGCUGGACGUCAAGGCUAUGACAAGCAGAACGCGCUUGUCGAGGAGCUCUUCCUCAACUAUUUGACUCAAGAGAAAUACAUCGGCGACAGGCAAGUUCUGGUGGAUGCCGCGGACAAAGUUGGAGUCACGGGGGCCAGCGAGUUUCUCGCUGAUCCUAAUGCCGGCCUCAAGGAGGUCCUGGAACAACUCAAAAAAUAUGGCACUGGAGUGAAUGGUGUCCCGCAUUUUCUAGUGAAUGGCAAGUAUCAACUCUCUGGCGCCCAGCCACCCAGCUCCUUUAUCGAAGUUUUCAAGAAGAGCUAGCUAGACUUAUCGUCUCUUUACAUCUUCUAGUGUGAAAGAAUCUCUCUCUCUCUCUCUCUCUCUCUCUCUCUCUCUCUCCAGACUUAUGGAAGCCAGCGAGUGCCUGGCACUGCUCGAUCGUUGCAAGACACUGUCCGUGGCCAAGGACAUCCAUUCCCGCAUCCAAGGAAACGUCCACAGCUCCGCGGCCAUCGCCAACAAGCUGAUCGAGGUCUACGGCCGGUGUGGGAGCAUCGACGAUGCACGCAGGGUGUUCGAUGCCACCGAUGCCAAAGACGCGGUUUCGUGGGUCGCGAUGCUCUCUGUCUACACUCGCAACGGGCAUCCGGAAGAAGCCAAGCGCAUGUUUGAGAACAUGCCAGAUCGAUCUCCAGCGUCCUGGAAUGUCAUGUUGCUUGUCUACGUCCAAGCUGGGAAUCUACAAGCUGCAAGGCAACUGUUUGAAGA